AUGGACACGCCUCGCCAAGGGGACGGCGGCAGCGUCAGUUCGGGAGGCAUCGCCAGAGGCACGGCUCGAGACGGCGCGCCGCGAUAUGUCAUACCGCCAAGGGAGCUCACGGCCGUCGAGAUCCCGGCCGUCGUCGAAGAUGUUGACCGGGCUGUCAGAGCGUUUGGCAGGGCGCCUUCUCUGCGGCAUGUCCUGGAUCCUCUCAGAAACUCAAUACCGCUAUACAUAAACCCAGAAGAGCCGUUCUGCCCGCCCAUCAUGUCACAUAACGCAAGGUCUCACAAUGUCGUCCUCAAGGUCACUGUCCCUAAGCGGACGGGGAGGAAGCGCAAACGCGGAACGGACGAGCCCUGGCAAGGAGACAUGGAGCUUCAAGACACCGACACCUCAGCUUUACCCUCAGAAAACGUCCAAUCCGUAGCACGUCGCGAUGAUCCGAGGCUUCUGAGGCGAAAGCUAGAGGACAAUGUUGGCAGAUAUCAUGUCGAGGCCGUCGGCUUGAUCAAGCACACGCAUCGCUUCAGAGGCCUGGCUGACUUUUACUGGGACAUGGACAAGUCGUCGUUCGCGCGGAGAUAUGUCGAUCAAGUUCUUCCCGGAGACGUCGACAAGAUCAAGCAGUUCAAGUUUACCCCUGGCAUCGACCAGGGCCCCAAUGUGGACAUCAUACCACCACCAAUCUUCACUCACAUGAGCUUGCCGUUCAACUACUUCUACUCGCAGAACCCGUACGUUCGGCUGACGGAAGAUGGCGGAACGGUCAACACGACUGCCGUCAAGCAAGUCGGUCACUUUAUAGGGACAGAAGAUCCCGCCCCCACGGGACCCCAAAUCCCACCCGACAUGACAGAUCCCCGCAUGGUGGAAGUUAUCGCUCAGCUCGAGGAGGCAUUCGAAGAUCGGCCGGUCUGGACUCGCCGGUCUCUGCUGAACCACCUUGCUGGCAAGCUUCGGAACUGGAACGAGCUGAAAAAGUACCUCAACUAUACGGCGUACCAGUUCAAGGGCGGGCCGUGGCGAGACGGGGUCGUGCCGUACGGAAUCGAUCCGAGAACUGAUCCCAAGUACCGCAUCUACCAGACCCUCAUGUUCAAGCUUCCUAAGCAGAAGAGAGCAAAGAAGGACCAGACUUGGCAAUCCCUACGGAGAGUGCAGAUGGGCCGGACAAAGGAGUUUGUCCAAGAGUUGUCAGCCAGCCACAUCUUCGACGGAGAGACGUACCAUACCGAUGGCAAGGUGUGGCAGGUGUGUGAUAUCACGGAUCCCUUGCUCCGGGAGCUGCUGGACAAUGCAGAGGUGCGUUCGACUUGGGAUGUCAGCAGUGGGUGGUAUCACGGAGGACUGUGGGCAAAAGUCAAGGCCAUCAUGAAGACGAAGCUCGUGGCGAUCCAGUUUGGUCGACGACUGACCAAGGAGGACUUUGCCCCGACGCUGCAAUGCGGUGACCAGACGCCUGUUCGGUCAACCUCGGCCACAUUUCAUCUGCCGCUGCCUAACCUGCACCUCACAAAAGAAGAGCUUACGCUGCUCCGGGGACGCGAGCCAUCCAAGAAGAAGAAGAGCCAGGUGUACAACGUGAGAGUCCGCCCUCGCGCCAAAAUGGGCGUUGAUACAGAAGAGCAGUCUACCGUCGCAACAAAUGAUGCAGAUGCAGAUGCGGACGCAGACGCAGACGCAGGAGUGGAUGUGGAUGCGGAGGCGGAAGAGGUCAGCAUACUUGAUAGGAUGGACCAGAGCGAGGACUCUGAAGCUGGUAGUGAUGACGAGGACGAGGACGAGGACGAGGACGGUGAUGAUGAAGACAAUGCUGAGAACGAGAAUGGCUUUGACGAGGAAGACGGUAUGGGGGCCGCUGACUUUGAAGGAGAUGAAUCCUGGCCCAAGGACUCAAUGGACGCAAUGGACGCAAUGGAUUCCCAUCCCUUCUCCGAGGGCCCUUGGUUCUGCAAGCAUUGCCAGAAGCCCUUUUCCGUCUACGAAGACCUGGUCAAGCACAAGAGGUACAUGCGGAACGAAAACAAGGAGGACCACAUCCAUUGCAAGUUAUGCGGCCGUGAUUUCCACACCCUGGAGGGAGAGAUGAAACACAUGCAGGUGGAGCAUCCUCUUGAGCAGAACCUAGAGUGUCCCGGCUGUGGUCAGGGACCGUUCAAGCGCCUCGGUGCUCUCAUUGACCAUAUCGAGCGGGGGUUUUGCAACCGCAUUGAUACCGCCGUACUCGAUCAGCUCCGAGAGGAAAAGCUCGAGUUCCCUCGACGACUGCAGGAGUUGACAAAGGAACCCGUCAAAGGUAACUAUACCAAGUAUAUGCCGUCGGCUAAUGCUGGACAAGCAAUCUCGGGCUGGCACAUUGAAGAGGAGCCGGCCUCGUUCAAGUUGGUUCAAGAAGAGUUUCCAGGCCUGUCAGGUACCAAAGGGGGUGACAUUCAGCUUUCCGAGACCACCUCAUGGGGCAAGUCGAAACCGAGCAACGGCAAUAGCGAUGGCAACAUUGAGACCCAGCAUGUGCUCCAGCUUCCGUUCCGACCUGCCAUCAAGGCUGAGACAACAUCCACUGCUCGCCCAGCCUUUGGAUCGGGAGUGAGAACCAUCACUGCGGGAAUGGACCCUGAUGACCCAGACUGCCCGUCAUUCAAUGCCGCCCGCUACUACUGCAUUUACACUGAUAAAUACAACUGCCCUAAACGCCUGUGCGGGAAAACAUUCAAGACGGCGAGAGGGCUCGUUGGCCAUCUUCGAUCGCCAGUCCAUGGAAACAAGAGCUACAGAUGCCCAUACUGUCUUCGAAUUUUCAAAACUCUGGCGGGCAUCACUUCGCACGCUGAGUCCCGAAGUUCCAGGUGCCGCAUUCAAGACACGGAGCACUACGAGACCUUUAUGGACCAGCUGACGGCAGGCCUUGUGGACGUGGAGAGAACUCGGUAUCAGGAUGGAAGCAUCAUCUUCAAGACGUCGGAGCAGGUCAAGCAGAAGCUGCGUGGAGAGGCCACCGUUAACAAGACAAAGUAUCCCGUCAGUGCCGUGUCGGAUGAGGUUUACUGGUAG